AACUCAAACCUCGCGUUCAAUUCUCACAAAUCUGUACCUGAAGAAAACCCGCAAACUCAGAUCUAUACCUCAAUUUCUUACGGUGAAGAUCCUCGAGAGGGAAAACAAAAAUGGCGUCUGUGUCACCUUUAGCCAAGUACAAGCUUGUAUUCCUCGGAGAUCAAUCCGUUGGCAAGACCAGCAUCAUCACUCGUUUCAUGUACGACAAAUUCGAUACCACUUAUCAGGCUACGAUUGGGAUUGAUUUUUUGUCUAAAACAAUGUACCUUGAGGAUAGGACUCUUCGUCUGCAACUAUGGGAUACUGCCGGACAAGAGAGAUUUCGAAGUCUGAUACCAAGUUAUAUCAGAGAUUCUUCUGUUGCUGUUAUUGUCUAUGAUGUUGCAAAUAGGCAGUCAUUCUUGAACACCUCCAAGUGGAUUGAGGAUGUUCGUACAGAGAGAGGUAGCGAUGUCAUAAUUGUUCUGGUGGGUAACAAAACAGAUCUCGUUGACAAGAGGCAAGUGUCGAUAGAGGAAGGGGAUAACAAAGCUCGUGAUUUUGGAGUAAUAUUCAUGGAGACGAGUGCAAAAGCAGGAUUUAACAUCAAGCCGCUAUUCCGCAAGAUUUCAGCUUCAUUACCAGGAAUGGAGUCACUUUCUUCAACGAAACAAGAUGAUAUGGUUGAUGUGAACCUAAAGCCAUCGACUAAUUCGUCUCAAGCGGAGCAACAACGAGGUGGCUGCUCGUGUUAAUUAAAUUUAUAUAUACUUUAACUGCAACAGAGUAGGAAGAUUUAAAGAGAGAAAAGAUUUAUAACUUGAUGGAAUAAACAAAUUCUGGUAUAAGGAAAGAGAUUUUUUAUUGGAAACUCUAGUAUUAUUUGGGAUGAUUUUUGUUCUAUAUAGAGUUGUGUAAUAAUGACGCAAGACAGCUUAAGCAAAAGAAUGGCAAUGUUUUGCUCUGU